ACUCCGGUCUGAGCAUGCGCGCUAGAUCAGCUGUGGCGACAACUCGGUUGUGAAGUUAGAAAGUAGAAACUCGGAGCUGGUUGUUGUUGUUGUUGUUGUUGUUGUUGUUACCGUGUGUUCUCCGGUAAACCGAUGGCGGGAACCGCGCUGAAGAGACUCAUGGCGGAGUAUAAACAGCUCACUCUGAACCCACCUGAGGGGAUCGUCGCAGGUCCGGCUAACGAGGAGAACUUCUUUGAGUGGGAGGCUCUGAUCAUGGGUCCUCAGGACACGUGUUUUGAAGGCGGCGUGUUUCCGGCCGUCCUCAGCUUCCCGUCCGAUUACCCUCUGAGUCCUCCGAAGAUGAGGUUCACCUGCGACAUGUUUCACCCCAACAUCUACCCAGAUGGUAGAGUGUGUAUCUCCAUCCUCCAUGCUCCUGGUGAUGAUCCGAUGGGAUAUGAGAGCAGUGCAGAGCGAUGGAGUCCCGUCCAGAGUGUGGAGAAGAUCCUCCUGUCAGUGGUCAGCAUGUUAGCAGAGCCUAAUGAUGAAAGCGGCGCUAACGUCGACGCCUCUAAAAUGUGGCGUGAAGAUCGCGAGCAGUUUUACAAACUCGCUCAGAAGAUCGUCCGCAAGUCGCUGGGCCUCUAGAGAUGAUGUCAUCGGCCUGCGACGGCGCCCGGCACACACACACACACACACACACACAGAGUGCUGCCGGGACGGACAGAUCAAUAAACCGAUUGAUGGACGACUGGAGGCCAAACUUCAAAUUCACUAAAAGUCGACAGAAGAAGAAGAAAGGCGGUCUCUGAUUCGUUGACGAGGGUCAUGUGAUCAUUCUCGCAGUGACAUCAUCACCUCCUGUCUGGACUGUUUCACACCGACAGCAGCAGGACACGCCAAUAAUCAAUCAAUCAAUCAAUAAUAUCAUCAAUCAUCAUCAUUAUUAUUAUUAUUAUUAUUAUUAUUAUUAUUAUUAUUAUUGUUGUUGUUGUUGUUGUUAUUGUUACAUUAACACACAAUCAAUAGUCAAAGAUAUAAAACCAAUAAACAAUAAAUACAGAUAAUCAAUACAUGUAGAAAGUAUGAUAGAUAUAUUAAUAAUCAAUAAAAGCACAUUUAUAAAGUUAUUAAAGUUCCCGCGGAUACAGGAAGUUAAGUCAGUUGAGCCUUUCACAAUAAAAGUCUUGUUUUAUGAACAGAACUCUUCUUCGUAGCAUUUUGCUAAUUAGCUUAGAAACAGACGAGUGAUUCUUCUUCUACUCUGCUUAAACGAGGCUGAAAAACAUUUUUAUUUAAACUGAGUGUUUCCUGCUGCUGUGGGUCUGAUGCUUUUAUUUUGAUAACGGAGCUCCAGGAGGAAGUGGAGCUCCUCUCUCAGUCGGACUUGAUGCACUUUAUCUCUUCCAGAGGACGAUGACCUCCGUCGGUCGCGUUAACGUUGUUAUUUUUAUUAAAAACGAAGCUGGGAGUUUGUCGACGGAGACGACGGAGAGAAAAGUUUUGUUGUGAAGAGUUUCUUUUAAUUUGUCUGUUGGUUUGAAAUAAAACUGAGGGAAGAGUAA